AUGGCCGUCCCUUCCUCCGAUCGCGCGAGGCGGCCCUUCCUCCUCUCGCUCUCACUCUUCCUCCUCAUCUCCGCCAUCCUCGUCCUUCUCUUCCUCUUCCUCGACCCCUCACCUGGAUCGCUCGCCUUCCUCCCCUCCCGUCUCUCCGCCUCAGCCCCUUCCCUCGCACCUCCUCUUCUUCCCCAACAGCAAAGCCACACCCCUACGAGAAGCCCACCUCACUCGACACCAGAUGGCUCGAGCGCCACCGAAAAAGCGGAGGAGGGCACUGGUGCUAGUGCAUUGCAACCAGUCGUCACAAAAGCCGAUGUCAACAGUAGCGCAUCUAUAGGGAUUAUUUUUUUCCUGUUGCAUAAGGUUAAACAAUUUGAACUACGAUACAAUUUAUGA